AUGAUCGGCCAGUUCUUCAACAGCCGCAAGGCCGCCCACUCCACCAACAGCCCCGUGCCGCUCGACUCGGCCACGGAAGAGUCGCACACGCGCCACCUGCUCUACCCCGACACCAGCACCCUCUUCCACCCCGACGGCCAGCCCUACCCGCUGCACGCCGCCCCCCUGACCCCGGGCAGCGGCCACGACGGGCCGCUGCCCGAGAUCGAUCUCGACUUCCCGCGCGACGUGCGCAUCAUCAUCGCCCAGGAUGACUUUGCACACAUGGCCAAGACGGUCCUGUUCGACUCCAAGCCCGCCCCGCCGCGCCCCGACUCGCCCUCGCCCUCGCUGCCACACGCCCGCCCACGAACCACCACCCCCACCACCGCCACUGCCACGGCCACUGCCACGGCCACCACCCCCACCACGACAUCAGCCCUCGGCGGAAUACACGCCCGCCGCACCUCGCUCGCCGCCGAGCCGUCGACCCCCCGCUCGCCCACGCUGACCACCUUCACCCGCACCCGCACCCGCGGCUCCUCCAUCUCGUCCAUGCCCCACAUCGACGAGCAUGCCCACCUCCACGCCCACGCCCACGCCCACGCGCGCGCAAGAGAGUCGACCGACCUCGUCAACACCUGCCUCGAUUGCAUGUUCGGCAGCACAAGCAUGACGUACCGCGGCAACUCCAAUAAAAUGCACAUUGUGCCCCUCGACACAAAGCCCCUCGAGCCCACCGUGCUGGCCCCCAGCGUGCACGACGUGUCGGGCUCCCUGGGCCGCGCCGAGGGCUUUCGCAGGAGGAGCAACCUGGCCAAGUCCUUCACCCCCGCAAAUCUGCCCACCCAUCUCCCCCGCGCAGAUGCGACCGAGAGCAUGCCCAGGGAGCCCAAGCGUCGCACCAUCUUCAUCACCCGCAUGUUCUCUGUCCCCAGCCCAGACGACAGCGUCGACGUCCGCACGCCAACAAACCCCCCGACUGCCCAGCCUCCCGGCGGUGGCUUCCCCUUCCCUCCCGCCAAUGCCAAAGCAGGCCCACAGAAGCCAGCGCACGUGAGCCAGCCCCGCAAGACGCCCAUGUACGCCAUCACCAUCAUCCUGCACCUGCCGCUGGCCCACUCCGCCGCUCCUCGAACAGCUCCAAAGCCGCCCGGUCCUCUUUCCACCUCAGCGCCUGGCCAAGAUUCGCUGGCCUCCUCGCUCGAUUCAGACCGGCGCGCAGCGUGGGCCUUUUUCGACGCCAACGCCGGAGCUGACUCGCUGGCUUCGUCGGCGUGGAGCAGCCAUGUCGAUGACCGCGUCGAUGUGGUGGGCCAGCACUGGGACGUCAUCAUGCGCGCCCUCACCACUCUGCAGCAUGUGGUGCAAGAGCGCAUCUCCGCCCAUUACAAAGCCCCCGUCGCCAUGUCGCCGCCUGAUCAGCCCCAACACCGACGCGCGCCCUCUCGGGCCAGCCUUCGCGAAGCUCCUCCACUACUCAGCCGCAGGCCGCCUCUGCGACUCCAGCCCAAUGCCCUCAUGAUGGACAAGGAAAUACAAACCGCGGCCGAGUUGACAGGCAACCGAGUCGUCAGUGGUAUGCGCAUCCCUCGUGUCAUGACUGGCCAAGGAAAGUGGGGCGUCUGGCGUGAAGAAGCAAGGUGGCUCGGACGAUGGGCUGGCCGCCGUGAACAGAACUUCUUCUUCUUCAACCUGCUUACCGCUUUCCUUGGAAACCACACCGAAUGGCUCAGCAUCCUCGGCCCCAAGUGGGCCCGCAGGCGUCACAAGGAACAGCAAAAAGCGACCGUCGGGGAGAACAUUGUCAUCUCCAAUCGUACCAUCAUAGUGUCUCCAGACAAGAUGGCCGCGCGAAGGCUGAUCUUUCUUCUUGCUGCUUUCCUGCCUCCCAACUCCCCCAUCAUGGGCGAUGCUAUCAACACAGGGCGUCCGGGCACAUCUGCUUCGCUACGGGCCUACUCGCAAUCUCCACCAACCAACAUGCCCCCGUCAAGAAAGCAGUCGCUGCGGCGACAGAUCAACAGACGACCACGAGACCAGCAAAGCGUGAGCAACAUAAGACUUCAGCCGCCGACCUCCAACAAGGGCACUACCGCCUCUGCUGAGCCUUCGCAUCAGCGUUCUGUGUCUGCGGUCGUCGACGCUUCUGAUUUGAUGAAGCCACCCACCCAUUCCCGGAGAUCCUCGAGCCACUCCAUACGCACAAGCCUCGUACUUCCUUCCAUGUCAGAGGGCACCGUCUCUGGCAAAAACACCGUCAUCUCGCCAUCAACGGCUGCACCUCAAAGUACCAUACCUAUUGCACACUUCACCCUACCCAGGACCAGAAUGGGCGGACCUACGCCUGACUAUCGGCCAGCGAGCAGCGAUAGCUUGGCAUCCACGAAUUUGAUCAACACGCUGCAAAGAAGUGGUACUGGGCAGACUAGCCUUGGUAGCAAUGAAUCAAGCAAUCAAAGCCGUUGGAGUGGCUUCAUGAACUUCUGGAGUGGAGGGAGGCGCGAUUCUUCAACAGAUGGCAGUAGUUACCUUCAGACGACUGAUGACGGCGUGGGCUUCCGUGGGCAAGAACGACCCCGGUCACAGCUCGAACAGAUGGUACAAGAACUCUCCAUGGAGGACGACAUCUUCGAACAAGGCGAAGCCUACGACACGCCGGGGACAAGUGCCAACUCGACAACAAAGAUUUCAUCCGACGCCUAUCCAAUCAACACAUCGAGCGGCGUUCCCGCCUCAGCAGCACGACCCAUCCCCGAGCGCCCAAAGACGUUCGACUCGCAACUCAAACUUUCCGUCAACGAGAAAGAUGGAGUUAUAGACGUGGACAUCGCCCUGCCCGACUUUGAUUCUCCUUUGCAAUCACCUCUCUUUGGUGGCGCAGGCUCGGUAGGAAGCCAACACGGCUCGAGCUUCGGUGAAUCCUCCAUAUUAUCGAUGCCCCAUCACGAGCCUGAACAGCCUGUCAAUGCAGCAGGAUGGCUCUCUCAGUUCCAUCCGGAUUUCGCCAUCCAAGCUAUCAAGCCGUACGCCUCGCUCGAGCGAGACAUCAAACGCGCCAUGUCUGCCGAGCCAACACCCAUCACCUCUGCCACAACACCGAGCGUCGAGACGGGUCCCUUGGAGCGCUGGAUCGAUGUGUGCUCUGCCCUGGUCGCAGACACGCGGUCAUUCUCUAUCAAGCGACUCAGUCUUCGCCGCCUAGUCAGGCUCAUUCCUGCGCCAAUGUACCAGCCUACUGCUUUGACGCCGGGCGUGGCAGGCAUGCCGCCCGGCCGCUCCCAGUACGGGAACCCGUACACCAGUUCUUCUGUCGCACCCAUGCCGACGGAGAUUCAUCUCGCGGAGAAAUUCGACGAAGAAGCCAUCAUGGACUUUGACGCUGUGCUUAUCGAAGGCAUCGAUCGUGUCCUAGCACGGUCAGGGGACGUGACGCGCAACAGCUCUGCUCAAUCAUCGCGGAGCAGUUCAAGGCGCGGCAGGAGAAACACACGCGCUGACUCGGAUGUGACCACGGCAGCAGCGCAUGUGGAGGUGCCACAGACGGAUUGUAAGGGUGUCAUCUUCGAUGCGCUGGAGACGGUCGUCAAGAAUGUCACCGCUGAGCGGACCGGCUUGGGAAAAGCGGCGGCGGAAGAGGGGGACGAGAGGAAGAAUACAAGGACGACCAACCAGAGAACCUACACGGACUCCUCGCUCAAAGAAGGUGUCAGGAGAUGGUUGUCCGAGGUGGAGUGA